CCAGAAGCGCUGCGCUCAAUGGCGAGGUUGCCCGCUUAGGUAGUGAGGUAUUUUUGGGUGCGCUCGACUCUCGCGGGCACUGCCAGUGUUGCCCCCCUUCUUCCACCCCCUCGACUCGUGUGUUUGUGUGUGCGUGUGUGUGUAUAUUGAGCGGCUAUUUUUAAGUGAAAAGAAGCAAAAAGAGAAAGUGCCAAGGAAAGUGACUCGUUCGAAGACGCCAAGUUCCAUGUGCAUCCUGUGAGGAAUUUUUCUCGAUUUUGUGAAGAAAAAGCUGUGUUUCAACCUUACUCUCUUUUUUUUUUUUUCUACGCGCGUGCCGCUGAUAUGGAAAGCUGUACCCAACGGUGAAGAAGUUCUCUUUCGGAUUGGUUUUGUCGGGAGAUUGGAACUACGGGAUAUUGCCAUGAGAAGUCAUCGCUGCCUGCGUUGAGGCUCCGCUCCGCUCACCGACGCUGUUACAGCGCCAAUUUACCUGCUGCGCAACAUCGUGCAUGAUUCCAUUUUGAAGUCUCAGUUCUCACAGCAGCCAUGGGUAGGAAAAAGAUACAGAUAUCGAGGAUUACAGAUGAGCGGAAUCGACAAGUCACAUUCACCAAACGCAAGUUUGGCCUUAUGAAGAAGGCAUACGAGCUGAGCGUUCUGUGUGACUGCGAGAUUGCCCUCAUCAUCUUCAACAGCACCAACAAGCUGUUUCAGUAUGCCAGCACCGACAUGGACAAGGUGUUGCUCAAGUACACAGAAUACAAUGAGCCCCAUGAGAGCCGCACCAACAGCGACAUUGUUGAGAAACUGCGCCACCAACGCCUGGAUGGCAGUCAGGCCCUGAGCAAGAAAGAACAUAAAAAUUCUAGCAAUGGAUGCGACAGUCCUGAGCCUGAGCCGGAACAGUAUACACUCACCCCACGAUCGGAGGCCAAGUACACGAAAAUUAAUGAAGAGUUUGAGCUCAUGAUGCAGCGGAGUGCUCAGCUCAACGGAUCUAGGGUUCAGUCCAGCCUAGGACAAAGCAUGAGUUCAGUGUCUGGAUACGCAACACAGGAAAGCCUCAUGCAGUCACAAAUGUCUCACCACAGUCCUCGGCCCAGCUCAUCAGCUGGGGCCCUGCUGGACAUGAACGGGGUGACGUCCAAUGGGUACCACAGGCCGGGCUCUCCUGGUAUGGUGGCGGGGUCACCUGGCAAAAGCAGCACCAAAGGGUCCUCGCCCACACGAGCCAACCUUCGCGUAGUCAUCCCUCCAGGUUCUCCCUCACCUACUAAUCAACUGAACGUCGUUUAUUACCCGCAGCACGACCCUUCGCAUCUGUUUCUGCAACAGUCGAUGGUACGCACUUCCAACUCUUCACUCACUACUCCUAUGGUAUCUGUCUCGGCGCCCGGCAUGUCCAGCUAUCCGUCCUCCUUAGCUUCCAGCUUUCCACCGAUACCGAUGUUUUCAGACGACUUCCCUCUGAACCCGGACCUUGGUCUUUCUGGCUUCAACUCCCCUGGUCUGAUGCACAGUUGGUCCGCACAGGGACCUUUAGCUGCAGCAGUCCCUCCGGGAGCAAUGCAGCACUCUAGUAGUGGAGGGGGCACCAGUCCCAAUGUGCUCUCGCAACACCUCUCGCUAGGGAGCGCCACCCCGCCCCCUGCCUCGUCUCCAAUGCCCAUCCGCAUCAAGAGCGAACCCAUCUCUCCUCCGCGAGGCGACGGGCCCUCGAUGCACGGCCGGCCCUCCUCGGCACAUCCAUCUCCGCCGGGGCAGCAGCCGCUCACGCCGUCGACUUCGUCAUCGCCAGAUCCCACAGGAGAUUACGACAACCCCAAACGUCCACGCUUAACCGACGGUUGGCCCACAUAAAGGUGGCCACCGUCGACGGUAGCAGACAAAAAAAAAGUGUGCAUUAUCUUGUCCCGUCAAGAGAGUGGAACAACAUCACGAGCUUGCCAUUUUUUGGGGUGCAUACCACCAUUGUCAUCCUUCCCAAUGAAUGCCCGGUCUUUAUCAAAGAAAAAGGUCAACAUCCUCUUUGAUCUGGCGAUUGUCAUGCGCAUAACACGGAGGUUUCUUUCCGCCGAGAGAAACUCGCUCGGCCGUUGUACAUAAGAGCGACACGCGUGUUUUGACAAAAAAAAAGAAUGUACCAUAGCAAGUAGGAAAAAGAGCGCACGCCUACACGGAAUUGUCUGCGGAUAUUUGCACACCCAGCGCACGACACUCAGAUUUCAUGUGAUCAUCUGCCUUUAAAGAAAUCCUCCCUGCUCCGUAGAAAACGCAUAGACUGGUAGUGUUUUUUUGGCCCGGAAGAGGGAUCACAGCCCGAUAGCCGUAAGUAGAGGACACGUAGAAACCCGUCGACUUUUUGUACCGGAAGCCGCUAGGACACACGUUGAUGGUCCCCCGAUUUUUCCCCACGGGCAGUCGGUCCAAGGAGCGUAGCUUAAAUGUUAGUGUCAUAUUUUUGGAUGACUGCCAGUCGUUGUUGAUCUCCGUGCUCGGGCUUCAGAGAGGCAGCUCUCUUUGAGCAGAGUUGUUGCCCCCCCAUCCUUUGUGUGCGCACGUUCUUUCCUUCCGUUCUUAGUGACAUCACAUGAGAAAGAACUACACCCGUGGAAACUGCACGUGUUUAGUAACCGUAGUGCUUGUGUGCCUUUGACAAAUGAACCAACAUGAAAUACCCUGUACAAUGGUGACGCCAUGUUGUUGGACUAUACAUAUAUAUAUAUAAAUAUAUAUUUCAUACGCAAACGCGUGGGGUUGCACGGCAGACAUUCAACUUUUUACAUUUCACCUCGAUCGCCGGUUUUGAAAUCAUUUUUACAAUCAUUUCUGCCAGUCAAGCUUUUGAGAUGUGUUGCACCAUUUCCUCCUCCUUCUCAAGUAGACCUACAUUUUCAUUCUUUUCUUUUUGAGCACACACUUUUUGCAGGAUUUAAGAUGGGUCGUUCCGUUAGGCCAUUGUCUGUGCAGAAAUCAUCUUAGAGGUUUUUCUGCUGCCAGGUGGUUCCCCCCCCGACACACUUUUCAUAAUUGUUGAGCAUCCUAGCAGACAAAGACCAAUGCCUUAACAAGGUGAGGGAGUGUUUUAUUGUAGAGGUUGACAACUGCAUCUGUAAUGCCAUCGUGUGUGAAAGAUGCAGCAAUGAGGAAGAAUGUGUUUGAAGCUGAUGUAGCCAAAUGCGAUGUGUCGGAAGUAGUGUUUGUGGAGAGCUUUUGUCUUCACCUGUGGCGGACAGGUGUAUCACAUUCUUCCCUCCGCCCAUUCUUUUUCUUUUUUUGUAUUUAUUCUGUUCCUUCACUUUUUUUUUUUUUUAGCCAGGUGAAAAGGCUGGCAUGGCACACAGAGUUUAUAUUGACAAAUGCUGUGCGCAUUUGCGAUUCAAGCGAAAGCAUGCCUCUGCGAGCAUGCUUACAUAUACCUUAGAGACGCUUGUGUUUGUUCUUUGUGUGUGGAAGACGUUAAUAUAUUUGCCGAUUUUUUUUUAAUGCAUCCUGUAUGCACUAUAAUAUAUUGUUGCAGUUUAUGUACUAUGUAUAAAAUCUUGUAAAUGUUUAUAUUCAGCUCUGUAGGUGAAUCUAUGGAUGCUGUGUGCCAUGGGUCUUUUGUAAAAAAAAGUAUGGAAAUGAUGAUGUGUCCUUAGUAGGGUUGUAAAUUAAGACAAUUUUAUUAACCAAUUUGACUCUCUCGAUCACGUUGCUUGUGGUCCGAACAGGCUGUCGACUCUCCGGAACAUGUGUAUGGGGAAUUGUUUUUCUGAUGUUGGAAUGAAAAGUGUUCAUGCCAUUGUUCAUGCACAGUUUUGCAUCUUUUGCAUUGUUGAGAUGCAAUGGCCAGUAGGACUGUUGGACUGUUGCUGUAUGAUCUUUGAUUCACGCGGGAUAUUUAAACAUACAAUGCUCCGCGCGUAAAAAGGAAAGAACGAUUCCACUUUUGGGCUGUCCUGUAUUCGUAUCCCUCACAUUCGUGGUUCCUUUGGUAACUACCACCUGCGCCGAUAAGUAGAAGAUAGGGAGAAACGUGUUAAUGGCUGAAUGAAAUCAGUCAUUACUUUUAGCGACAUGUUUAGCGACACGCAACAUGAUUGGAGCCUUGUGUUGUAGGGUUCGACAUGACAGAACUCGUUUUUGAACUUGCUAAUUCAUCCACCGAUACAGGCACUUGAGGGCGCUAAGAACUGCACAUUCAACGCAGACACUCGCCAUCUUGUGUUCACCUGAAGCGCGAGAAGUACUCCUUCGUUUUACUUUCCACCCGGAAAUCGGCUCUUCCACACGAUAUCUCCAGAUUUUACCCAGCUUUACAGCUCCUGAAAUAAAACCACACUUUUUGCUUCCUAAUUUUUGAAAAACAUGAAACCCCAAAACACAAGGAUCUAAGAACAAUCAUGACCGAGAGGACCGUAACCUUAACAGGCAUGGCUUCCGUUGGAAUGAGUGUCUGUUUGAGAACACAGCAUCAAAUUACGCAGAAAAAUGUUGCUCCCUGGAUGUAAAUUAUGAUGCAAGUGUGUGUGAGAUACCAGACAACACUGCUGCAGUGCGAAUACAAUUAGAUAAGUAAACCAUGACAUGCACAUGGUGACUUCACUGACCAUUACCAUCAUAGUGACUUCAUUGACUAUUACCAUCUUUGACAAUGAUGCUGAAAAGAAAUGCUGUUGGACAAUGGAAUACGAGAUUGAUUAAUGGGAGAUGUAACAUCUUAAUUUGCAACCCUUGGAUUGAGUGUGCCAUAGAGGUAACAAGAGGUAGUCUGCAUAUUCCUGUCACAGGUCUCUACAAAGUAAUAGAGUUUGCAUUGAAUGCUGGCCAUUCAAAAUUUGCGGUAAAUAGCAUUAUGCAAUGGAAGACAAAUGGAACAGUUUCUAGUUUGUAAGCUGCAUCAUCAUAUUUUCCAAAAGCAGUCCCAAAGUUUGAAACCUAACUGGAUUUGACGCCGUUUCGUCACAGCCGCAAUAGAGUAGUCGCAGUGCAGGAUUGAGCGUAAGCUUGAGCUUGCAUGCUUCAAUCAAAGAUUAAACAAGACUCAAUCAAAAGUUUUCAGUGCUCCCUCUUGCACUGAGGAAAUCAAAAGCAUUGUGCAAUACAAAAAGAAAAAAGAAAACAUCAAAAAUGACUAAAAGCUCAUAAUACGUAGUGUCAAAACUACCUCCCUUUCUGUGCAAUAGUGUUUGAUACCUACUUAUAGUCGUGUUCCUUGUUCAGCCUUAUUGUCCCUCAUGCACUAGUACUUAGUGACCAUCGACUUAGCCCCCUAUAAGGGGAUGAGUGCAUGUGGGCACGUUGGGGCAAUGUACUUAACUUGUUCCUUUGCACAGGAAAAAGAGAGAAUUCCUUGUGAGUUGCUGUAACAAGGAGGCCUGUCUUAGCUACACUGCAAGAAGAGAUGUGUGGAUUUAUGACAUGUUCCGCCAGCUUUUGUUACCAGUGUGUCGAACAAGUUUUUGUGAUGUGUUUGCAUUGUGUGCCUAUUGAAAGUUGCACAAAGGCAUUCUCAUUUGGUAGUUAGUCUGGUGACAAGAGCACCUCUCGAUUAUUGAAGCAGUAUUUCCUGGAAUUCGUGGUGCCCUUGUUUCCUGCUGCCAUGUGGUAUUUGUCACUGUUCAUCUUUCCAUGUAGUGACUUAUUUGGCUAGUAUAAUAACUUGUCAAUCAGAAAAUAUAAAUCUGAUCAUAUGGAAUGUGGGCAAUCAUAUUACUUGCAGAAGAGUACUCUGGAUUAUAACCUUAGGUGUGGGCGGUGGGGUUUCAACCUGCCCCUAUCCCUCAAAAUUUCCAAUAGGCCUCUCCCUGUUUGUAAACAAAUGACGUCAUAGUGUUCGACAGCGCCACCAAUUUGGUAGACUUGAACUGCGCUCGAAGCUAGGGGCGAUCAAGGUCGCGCCCGAAAGCCACGGUCUCGAGGGGACUACGAUGGUCCCUGAAAGGGACGCGACCUUCGGUCCUACUUUUCUUUCAGUAGGAGGCAACGCGAACAAGUGCCCAUUCGUGGAACCCCUUCCGAUUUGUUUCGGUUUCAGUCUGUCUACCAACGUCAUGAUGACGUUUCUCAGGUAGAGGUCUAGUGGUGCACCUUCACAUGAGGCUUUUUCUUAAUGGGACUCCUCAUUUCAAAGAUAAGAGCAAGGAGAAAUUUUGGGCCCUUCUUUCAGGGCAGAGGCUGAGGAGCUCUCGCCCAAGUCGUGUCCUCUAUUCUGGACUGAUUACCUCGAGAGCAUUUAGUAAGCCAGGACCAAGCAGAUCCCGCCUCCCGUUCUGCACAAUCAACAGCUUAAAGAUACCAGUUUGUUUAACUGAAGCAGAGCAUAUUUUGUCGUCAGAAUUUGACUGCUCUACUCUGCAGCCGUUAGUUAAUCUGCUCAUAAGUCGGCCUACUGAUUGUGGGUCUUUUAGUCUGCAGCCAAAGUGGGAAAGAUCUUUAUUGCAGUCUGCUGCUUGUAUUAUCCUUGAUGUGUUUGAUGGAAGUGUGCCCAGUUUGGGGAAUUGUCCUGGUAACAAAAGUUAGGUGGAUUCUUUUUUUCUUUUUUUGUCGGAUUGCACGUUUGUCUGGCAGUGUUUGUUUAUUGCUACGAGGAGCCUCUCUUAGCUAGCAGACACAGCAUGCAGUUGUUGUCCUAGUUUUUGCUUCUUGCCAAGCCUAGUGGAUUACCUGGUCGUCAAGAGAGUGUCUAAGCCCAUGCCAGCCUUUUCUUACCAACAUUUGAGACCACACAGUAGCCAAUGACCAAUUUUGAGACUGCACAUUGUGCUGCUUGUUAGAGGAAGUUGGCAGUGUUGAGAGAAAAAAAAACUUAAAUGCAGAUUGUUGUGUACUAUUUUUAUCUGCCUGUGAAAAAAAAAGUAUAUAUAAUAAACACAGUUCAAUA